AUGACCAUCUCAUCAUACAGUGUACCCGCCGUAGCGCGGGAAAUCUUCGACCAGCUGCUCGCUGACCCCCGCCUGGCGAUUCCCGAUGACGUCAAGGCGGCAGCCGCCGAUGUCUCCUUCGAAGGCUCCGACCUGCCGUUCCUAUGUGUACCGUUCAAGUUCGCAGAGGGUAUUGCUGCCGUGAAGGGCCUCGAGGCCGCAUUCGCGAUCGCAAUCGGACAGGAGCGCUUCGGCAAGUCGGCCAAAGCAGUCAUCAACACCGAUCACGCGGCGCUAUUCACGUUCUCCGGAUUCGAGGCCUCUGUGGACGGUUUGGCUCCAGCAGCCGCCGCCGCGAAGUACAUGCGCCCUUGCGACAUAUAUCACGCCCAGAAAAGCCGGUACAAGCGCCUCGCGACGAACAUCUACCGGACGAAAGACGGGCGCUACGUUCAGACGCACGGUAGCCUGAAUGCCCUGCCUACGCAGACGAUGCUGGGAGUCAAGCCCGACAGUGACCUGACGGAGUGGGAGGACAUCUGUCCGAUCUACGACGACGCAGUGGGCAAGCGCGACUCGGUGGAGCUCGACAAGGCGAUCAACGACGAGUACAAGCAAGCCGGCAGCGUGUGCUACACCUGGGACGAGUUCCAAACCCUCCCCCACGGGAAAGCGAUCAAGGACUGCCCAAUCUACGAGCUGCACCGCUCCGCGGGACCCAAGGUUGCCUGGCCCGAAGCGAAGGCCAACAAGGUCUUGAGCGGAAUCAAGGUGCUGGAGCUUACCCGCAUCAUCGCCGGACCAGCCAUCGGACGCGGACUCGCGCAACACGGCGCCAGCGUGCUCCGAAUCACGACGCCGACCCAGCCAGACUUCGAGUACCUCCACCUCGACAUGAGCCAGGGCAAGGCCUGCGCGGAGCUGGACCUGAAGACCGCAGAGGGCAAGGCCACCUUCGAGAAGCUGGUCAGGGAGGUCGACGUGCUCGUCGACGGAUACCGUCCCGGCGCCCUGGAGCGGCUCGGCUUCGGAGAGGAGUCGCUGCGCAAAUUGAACGAGGGACUCGUCCUCGUCCGCUUCGGAAGUUUGCGAGCGUGCAGGGCAUCGUCAAUAUCCUGA